GGAGUAGGAGAAGAUAAAGAAUGAGGAACACCUGGUCUUGAUUGAUGAGUCCAGCUCCUCCAGCAGUGUAAAAGUUUUGGCGCUAGUGUAGUUCCGUAUACAUCCAUUUUUUUAGCAGUUUAAUAUCCAUUUUUAGCAAAGGAAUUUUAGCCCAAUUGUUUACUAAUUUUAAUCAUAAUCAUAUAUUGCAUUUUCCACCUGACUUUCGAUCACAUCCCACAUCGGGAAACCUUCGUUUAGGGCUAAAGUUCUUACCUGCAUUGAUAGGAUUAGCAGACCUUAUGAUCCUGAUGAUAUGUGGAAGUGAUCAUCGCCAUCAUCACCAUAAUCAUGAUAUCUUCAUGAAAGUUAUCAUCCUCACUAUGAUUAUCGCUAUAAUCACACAUCAUCUCCAUCAUUCUCAUCGUUAUUCUCAUCAUUAAUCAUCUUCAUUCUCAUCAUUAUCAUUGAAAUUGACAUCAUCACCAUCAUCAAUGACAUCAUCCUUAUUAUCAGCAGCAAGGGGAGGGGGAGCAGAAAUUCCACAUGUUUGUAGGGAUCCGGGCUAACUCUGACCCGGGGACAACUCUGCCCGCUGCAAAAACGAUCAUGUUUUGUCAUUUUACCCUCACCCUAACCCUAACCCUCGCCCUAACCCUAAACCUAACCCUGAACCUGCAAAAACAGUCGGUUUUUGCAGCGGGGCCGAGUUGUCCCCGGGUCCGAGUUAGCCGACUCCGUUUGUAGCCAUCGUAGAGAGUCUGCUUGGGAUGAAAUUAAGAAUCUCACUUUCACAUUGUGUUGGAAAAGCUCUCUCCUUUGAUGCCCAACUUUCCAAAAUCAAUACCAAUGCUUGGACGAGGGAUUAGACUUCAAGGAAAUGUGUCGUGCAUAGGCUACGUGUACACAAAUGUUUAAAAUUUAAACCAAAAAUUAUGAUAUUUCUCUUUCUCAGAUUACUGCCAAGCCCAUCCCUGGUAAAAGAUGCUGCCACCAUUAAGACGUUUGAUAAAGAUUUACUGUCAACAGUGUCAGACAUUGCUGCUCACUUACUAUAAAGGAGGCUCAGGUGGACUUGUCAAGUGCUUCCUGGAGCGCACCAAGGAAGACCUGACGAAGACACCCGGGAUCUGCCCCGAGUGCGGCUCACGGUUCGGUCGCGAGACGGUCAUCAGGAACAGACCGGCGGUCAAGAUUGUAGGGGGUAAAGUCUUCUGGAGGUAGAGCGCCCUCUAUCUCUCUUUCUCGGUCAUGGAAGCCGGGAGUUUGGAUAUCCAGCAUGGUCUGGAGGAGGUGAACCAGGAGCUCCAGCACGUGGAGAAGCAGAUUGAGAGGCUCCUGACGAAGCAGCAACGGCUCCUGCAGAGGAAGGAGCAGCUGGAGGUCCAGACCAGUCGGCUCCACGAGCUGAGCCUACAGACAGGCUCCACCGACUGGGAGAAAUCAGACUACCCAUGGUCGGCCAAGCUCCGCAGCCUGUGUGAGACCGUCUUUGGCAUCAAGAAAUACCGCCCCCUCCAAGAGAAGACGAUGAAUGCCUCCCUGAGCGGCAGGGAUGUCAUCCUCCUCAUGCCUACCGGUGGAGGGAAAAGUCUGUGCUACCAGCUACCGGCGCUGGUCAGCAAGGGGUUCACACUUGUCGUUUCUCCUCUACUGUCCCUGAUGGAGGACCAAACCAUGGCACUGGAAGAGAUCGGUGUGAACGCCACCGUCCUCAACUCCAACACCCCUCCCGAGUCGGUCAAGGACGUCCACCGGCAGAUGAUCGACGCCCGGUCGGAGCUCAAGCUGCUCUACGUGACACCCGAGAAGAUCGCUAAGAGCAAACGUUUCAUGGCGUGUCUGGAGAAGGCCUACAAGGCUAAUCUGCUGACGAGGAUCGCUAUUGAUGAGGUCCAUUGCUGCAGCCAAUGGGGACAUGAUUUCAGACCAGAUUAUAAAAUCCUAGGCCUGUUGAAACGUCAAUUCACCGACACUCCAAUCCUCGGACUAACUGCCACGGCAACGAUGGAUGUCCUGGAUGAUGUGAAAGGCAUUCUGGGAUUGCAGGGAUGUCAGGUUUUCCGAGCCGGCUUCAACAGACCAAAUCUCUUCUACGAAGUACGCCCCAAGCCGUCCAAGCAAGCAGAAUUCGUUGAGGAACUGAUCAAGCUCAUUAAUGGUGAGUUCAAAGGUCAAUCAGGGAUCAUCUACUGUUUCUCAAGGAAGGAUACAGAGACCAUGGCAGAGAAUCUGAAGAAGGGAGGAAUCCAAGCCCAUCCCUACCAUGCCAUGCUGGACGCUCAGUACAGGAGCCAAGUGCAUAGGAACUGGAAGGAGAACAAUAUACAGGUUGUCGUGGCGACCGUAGCUUUUGGGAUGGGUAUUGACAAGCCAGACGUAAGGUUUGUCAUACAUCACUCUAUCAGCAAGUCAAUGGAAAACUACUACCAGGAAAGCGGGCGCGCUGGACGCGAUGAUGAACCCGCCAGAUGUAUAGUGUACUACGGUAUAGGUGAUGUGUUUAGACAGAGCACCAUGGUCGUGACUGAACAGACGGGACAACAGAAACUCUAUAACAUGGUGGCGUACUGUGUUGCACCAGCCACGUGCCGGCGGUCCCUGAUUGGUCAGCAUUUUGGAGAGCGUUGGGAAGGUCAGGCGAGGUGUAAUAGAAUGUGUGAUGUAUGCCAAAGUGGAGCGCAAGUUGUGGAGAAGGACAUGUUACCCCAUCUCCAGCGUAUCUACACCAUUCUAGACCACAAGGCUAAGAGCGAUAAUAGGAUCACCGCUCUCAAGUUGACAGACGAACUGCUGAGCAAAAAGGGUGUAGCUGCCCUUGACAAAGGUACAUACCAAGCCAAGAAGAUGACGGGUCGAGAUUACGAAUAUCUCAUCGCUCACUUCCUCCUCGAGGGCUACCUGCGAGAGGACUUCCAUUUCACACCCUACAACACCAUCAGCUACAUCAUACCUGGUCCUAAGGCUAGGUUAAACACUGCCACACCACAGAGGGCUGUCACGGUGCCCUUCAAGAUGGAGGACGGGCAGAGGUCAAAGGUCAGAGGUCAAGGCGUCAAAGGUCAGGGUGGUGCCAGAGGUGAGAAGGAGAAGGGCAGGGGGAGGCCCCCGCGACGAAGACCAAGGAGGACGAGAGGAAGAAGGAUGGAGAUGGAGGAGUAGGGAGUGGAAAGGUCGCAGA